AUGAUGGAUGCUGUCAACGGAACAGCAAACUUGGGCCAGGUCUCCUUUAUAAUGGCGGGCAUUCCUGGCCUGGAAGCUUUCUACUUCUGGAUCGGCAUCCCACUCUGCCUCAUCUACAUUGUGACUUUGCUGGGGAACCUCAUCAUUGUCUUCGUCAUCAAGACGGAGCCUGAUCUCCACAAGCCCAUGUACCUUUUCCUCUGCAUGCUGGCCAUCAACGACCUGCUGCUGAGCACUACUGUUCUGCCCAAGAUGUUGGGCAUCCUGUGGAUGGGCUCCAGGGAGAUUGGCUUUAGCACCUGCCUCCUGCAGAUGUACUUCGUGCAUACUCUCUCCAUUGUGGACUCUGCCAUCCUGUUGGUCAUGGCCUUGGAUCGCUAUGUGGCCAUCUGCCACCCACUGCACUACGCAACCAUCCUCAGCAACCCAGUGGUUACCAAGAUGGGAUUGGCAGCUGCUGCUCGUGGGAUGAUAUUGGUCAUCCCCUGCCCCAUACUUGUCAAGAGGUUGCCCUACUGUUUCCAAAAUGUCAUCCAACAUGCCUACUGUGAACACAUGGCCGUGGUCAAGCUGGCCUGCGCCAACACGUUUAUCAACCGGACUUAUGGCAUUUGUGUGGCACUCUUGGUGGUGGUGCUGGACCUAGGGCUCAUUGGCACUUCUUACACUAUGAUCCUCCACGCAGUCUUCCAGCUGUCAUCACGAGAUGCACGUGCCAAAGCCCUGGGCACAUGUGCUGCCCACACCUGCAUUAUCUUGGCAUUUUACGUGCCUGCUCUUUUCACCUUCCUAACCCACCGAAUUGGCAGAAAUGUGCCUCCCUGCAUCCACAUCCUACUGGCCAGCCUGUACCUCCUGCUGCCUCCCAUGCUGAAUCCGCUGGUGUAUGGGAUGAAGACCCACCAGAUCCGCCAGCGAGUGCUUGGCCUUUUGCACCUGGGACGAAAGGGGCUUCUGCAGCCCAGGAUCUCCGGCAACAAGAGAAAGCGUGGAAACAGUACCUGA